UGGGGAAAUACACUUACACAUUUAAAUAUUAUUUCUAAUUAGAUUUUGAACAAAAAAAAGCACAAAUUUCUUUAAUUCACAUAAUAGUAAUUCAAUUGUAAUCAUCAAGGUUGGUUUCCAAUCUUUAAUUAACAAAUCAUGUCAUAUAUUUGUGUGCUUCGUUGUAUCCUGGUUCUGGUAAAUAUUAUCAUUGGACUUAUCGCUGGAGCCAUAACGGUGGUUGGUGGAAUAUACAUUUGGGGAGAAAAAUCUUUGCAUAAUACUCUACAUACAUUUAUAGUAGAUGGAAUUAGUGCUUUAACGAUUAAAAAAGGAAUUACAAAGUUAUUUUUCAAUGUAUUCGAAGAGAUUCAACCUUUAGGAGUUUACAUUUUUGUUUUUGGCCUGAUCAUCUUCAUUAUUUGUCUGCUUGGUAUAAUUGGAACAUGUUUUAAAUCUAGAUUGAUAAUUUAUACUUAUCUAACAUUGCAUUUGUUAGUUCUUAUCCCUGAAAUUGUUAUCAUUAUUGUGUAUUUCUGUCGACCAGAUAUAGUAACCACAUUUAGUCGAAAUAUAUUCAAUUCAAGUAUUCAACGUUACAUCGGUUAUGAUUCACCUGAUAUACACAGUUAUGCUUUAAACCACAUCAUGAUACAGUUACAAUGCUGUGGUAUUAACAAUGGAAGUGAUUUCGUUCAUGUGAAAAUGACUAAACCAAACAUAAUGUAUAAAGGUGAACCGUAUGAAUUUCAAUAUCCAAUCAGCUGUUGUAAAAUGGAUAGAAAUCAAGAAAUAACUAAUAAUGGUUGUCCUGAUCAAUUUACUUUGGAAAACAGUAAUAUACAUGUUGGAUGUUGGCCAAAGAUAGAAAGCAAUAUCAUAAUGUAUGGUAACACAGCAGCUUAUAUAUUAUGUGGAGUGGUAGGAUUUCAAAUUUUAUUCAUUCUCUUUGCACUGACUAUUACACGUACAGGGGGAAAAAUCAAACCAAUUUAAAUUAUACUAAUUCAUUGGCGCAUAAUUUCAUGAAGAUAUCAGCUAAAUCAUAUACAGGAACUGGUCUUCAUUUGUAACUGAAUAAUCAUUUUUGUAUUUUAGAGCCUGUUUACCAUAGUAAUAUCAGUUAUUUGUUAUGCAUUGACUAGUAGGAACCAAAGCUUGUACUGCAAAAUUUUAUACAGAACUUACUAUUCUUAAUCAAAUUAUUGUGAAAAUAUAUUAUCUGACCGUGUUCACAAUUCAUAGUUAUUCAUCUUUUUUUAAAAUUACAUAAUUGAACAUGAAAAAUGGACCAUUUUAUUUUAAUGCAAAUUAUUUCCUACUUAAAUAAGUUAUCAGUAGGCUGUUGUUUUAUUUUAAAAAAUUAACUGCAAUCCAGGUUUUUGUGUUGUUUUACUUAAUAAUGGAUUUUUUUGUUUGAAUGAUAAUUUUAUUCAUAAUAUUCCAGUUUUCAAAGGUUUUAUGAAACUAAUGGUUUCUCAGAAUUGUUAUUUAUGUAUACCUAAAUAUAAUCACAAAGAUUGUAUUGAAUCUCAGUA